ACGUUGCCGACACAUUUUCAGUUUCUCCAGACGAAACAGUUUGCUUAGCCAGGUUAGCAGUCAAGUUCCGGAACAAAAAAUCUGGCGAUAGCGUGUGUUGUCGUCCGUAGCGCUUUUGUGACUGUAAUACAGUCUAUUAAACCGGUGUUUUAAGUAUGUAUUGUCCCUAUCUCUUACUGAGAAAGCAAUAUUAGAGUUACGAAAGUUAGCUAACUAGCCGGCUAGCAGCUGUCUGUUUGGUGUUAGCGUAACAGUUCAGCUACACUUUCUCUCCUCAGACGUGAAAGGUCUGUAAAUACCCCCCCUUCCAAAGCAAAGAUAAAAAGCACCAUGAAGCUCUACAGUUUAAGUGUCCUGUACAAAGGCUCGACCAAGGCCAACCUGCUGAAGGCAGCAUAUGACCUGUCUUCAUUUAGUUUCUUUCAGAGGUCCAGUGUACAGGAAUUCAUGACGUUCACCAGUGCCCUGAUAGUUGAGCGCUCAUCACUAGGAAGCCGUGCAUCAGUUAAAGAACAAGAAUAUCUAUGUCAUGUGUACGUCCGGAACGACAACCUCAGUGGAGUAGUGAUUGCAGACAAUGAAUACCCUUCCAGAGUGUGCUUCACUUUGCUUGAUAAGGUGUUGGAUGAAUUCUCCCGUCAGGUAAACAGCAUAGACUGGCCCUCUGGUUCACCAGCCACUGUUCAGUACACAGCCUUGGACAGCUAUCUGGCCAAGUAUCAGAACCCACGUGAAGCGGAUGCCAUGACCAAAGUACAGGCUGAACUGGAUGAAACCAAAAUUAUUCUGCACAACACGAUGGAGUCUCUUUUGGAACGAGGUGAAAAGCUGGAUGAUUUGGUGCAGAAGUCAGAGCAUCUGGGAAAUCAAUCAAAAGCCUUUUACAAAACGGCACGGAAGCAGAACUCUUGCUGUGAGGUGAUGUGAUGUGAUGUGAUGAUCACAUUAUGACGGACUGGGUUAUUACGAAGUCUCCUGGGCCAGCCUUUCUUUGUCCUUCCUCUUUAUUCUAUCUCUCUCAUUUCUUUCUCUUCCUCUCUUUCACCUGGCCUGGGCUGAGACACAGAGCAGACAGUCCUUCCAGAGACCCCAGGGGGCUAUAUUGAGUGCUGAGGAUGGAGAAAAUCACUGACUUAGGUGUUCGUUUUUGCUUUUCCCCCGAAUGGUUAGAGGGGGCUGAUUUCUCAGACUCCACCACACUUACUUCGCUCUUUUUUUUCUUUAUUGUUCCAUUGAUUAACCUAGGUGGUGUUCUCAGGGUCUGACUUAAAUUGGUUUGGGAUAGAAAAUGGGCAGCGCAAAAUAGAGGGUCAAGUCAUACUUCCCCACUGUGCCUUACUUUUAGGUGGCUGUGUAUUGAUCUUAGGUGCAUUCAGUUAGACUGUUCAUUUAGCCUUAAGAAGUAUGGACAUUUUUAUUUGCUCAGCUUUUUGGAUGGAAGCCUCUUGUAAAGCAUAGUGAAAAGGUAGGAUGAAGUUUUUUUAUUAUUAAUUUUCAACAUGCUGUCUUGUUGGAUUAGGUUAACUGCUGGGGAUGCAAGCACUGAGGUGACCAAAUCCUCUUAAAGCUGAAGGGUAUUAAUGAUGACCAGGUCUAAAGUAUGAAUAAAAUCUUUUGGAAAUGUGAAAUAAAUGUGAAAGAGAGAACAACGUGCUGUUCUCUUCUGUUGUAUUUGUACAUUUUAACCCAUAAAUUAAAAAAAAUGUUUUGCUGUGUUUUCACAUAGAACAUUCCUAGUUUAUCUUGGCACUUAUCAAGUUUUAAACACAGAAGUUGGUGGUGAUUAUGCUUAGAUAGUGGUGUGUUUUGCUAAAGCCUUAAAGUGUGGUCUGCUGUGAAAUCAGCCCCGCUUCCCUCGGGUGGCAUCUGCUAACUAUAUGAUGUCCAGGACAGGCCAGGCCACUGUAGUUUUGUUCUAAGCUGGACCUGUCAAAUGCUGGGCUUUACUUUUUUGACCGGGCCUGCCAAGAUGCAUUGCACAGCAUUGGAUACUCUUUGCUAACAGUGAUUGGACUGGAAUCACAUUGGACACUAAGUCUUAGUCUUCAUAUAUUUUUGUUUAUUUCUUCUUCUUUUUGUUUUUUUUGGCAGAAUUGGCAGAUAAUACUCUACAUGCAAUGUGAUACCCACUUUCAUUUCUCAGAUGCAUUUAACUUGGAGCAUCCUGAGAACUGUGACUGUUCUGAGAGAACAGUGUGUGCUCCUGAAACUGAAGUCUCAUUCGAUCAUUUAUCAUGGAGAAACGAUCAAGGCUCUUGACUUUCCAGUGUUUAGUGCAGACACACUUCUUAAAUGACACUUCUGUUAGAUGUUGGGGUUUAUUUUGUGAGUAUGCUUGUGAUUCCUUGGCGUAAAAGAAGUGACUGAUGUUUUAGUGAUCCGAUGGUGUUGUAUUUUAUGCAGAAUUACUGCUCGAUUUGUGUGGCUUCUGUGUGUCCCUACGCAUCGUAAGGGUUAUAUUGUAUAAAUGACGGUGUAUUUGCCUUGUCAAGAGUGACGAGGUGCUCUGGAGGACCUUUUGAGGUGCCUUUCUUGUAAUUGCCAAAUCCUCACUAGCUCAUUCAAUCUUAACUUGCCAUAAUGGCAAAGUGCUAUGUGUAGUUGUGUAUAAAACUAACUUUGCAAAGUAUACUCCUCUUACAUGUUCAUUAAUUGUAUUUAUAUGCAACAUGUUGGUUAAUAUUUGGCAUUAAAUAUACUGUAAUGUCUUUCAUGGAGUUCAACGCAGAACUAAUCAGCUUUGUACUAUGUAGUUUUUAAUCCUACUCGUCUCGAUGUACUCAAUGUAUGAUUAACACUGCUGUUGUAUUUAGUGGGAAGUUAUUUGCAAUCUGUAAAAACUAAAUAACAUCACUUUGCUGAAUC